GCAACUAUUGGACCACAGGGAGGUCUCGAAUCAGCUAAAAUAGCUAGCUAGCGAAAUGGAUCAUUUCUGUUAACCGAUAUUCCGACCCAUAACUGCGUGCCUCUAAAGAAGUUUAUGCUGAAAAUUGCUCAUAUUGUGUCAUAACUGUUAGCUAUCUACCUAUAGUUUCGUUACGCGAGAACAUAGCUUGCUAACUUAAAGAUAGUCCUCUCAUAGUUAGGCUGGCUAGCUAGCAGCUAACGCUGCAAACAUAGCUAGUUCAGGGCUAUCAUUAGCCCGGUCGCUAUCGUGCUGCUACAAGGCUGCACACCAGACAGGAAGGAUUUUUGGUUGGAUGUCGUGAAUUCUAACUCAGUAGAACUAGCUAGUCUGAUGGCUAGUAUGCUAACAAGACCUUAACGAUUAUUUGAUCGUUCCCUGCCUGAUAAUUCUUUAUUCAAAUUGAUGAACGGUUUGCUGGCGCGCCAUCAACAGAAAACUCGUCGUUGAGCCAAUUAGCUAGCCAGCUAGCUCGCUGUUGUCUUAGAUUCCCAGUGCCUGCACUCGAAUUAACGUUAGCUAGCGUCGCACAGAUGGAUUUAUUUGGCGAUCUUCCUGAGCCAACACAAACAGCGGGGGGAGGUAAGGAGCAAACUUCACAGCUGGUAGUGGAGGAGCGAGGCGAAAAGAGGAAACGCGAGGUGACGGAGGAACUGGAGGAAAAGAAAGUUUGUAAAGGCCUGGCAAGGCUUCAAGGGUAUGUUGCAGCACGCCGAGGUGAGAGAGAAGAGAUGCAGGAUGCCCAUGUCCUCCUGCCUGACUUUAGCACCUGCUUCCCCUCUAUGCCUCCCCAAGUCUCUCGUCUAGCCUAUUUUGCCGUGUUUGAUGGUCAUGGGGGCUCUCGCGCCUCACGCUUUGCUGCAGAGCAUCUCCAUAAAAUUUUGGCCCAAAAGUUUCCCAGAGGUGAGGUGGAGAACUUGGACAAGCUUGUGAAGAGGUGUUUGCUGGACACUUUCAAGCAGACAGAUGAGGACUUUCUCAAGCAAGCCUCCAGCCAGAAGCCAGCCUGGAAGGAUGGUACUACAGCCACCUGUAUGCUUGUGGUGGAUGAUAUGUUGUACGUAGCUAACCUUGGGGAUAGCAGGGCGUUGCUGUGCCGGGUGGAGCAGGAUGGGCAGGACGACAGCAGGAAGUGUGCCACUCUGGCACUUAGCAAAGAACACAAUCCGACCUGCUAUGAGGAGCGUAUGAGGAUCCAGAAGGCUGGAGGCACUGUCCGGGAUGGACGAGUUCUAGGUGUGCUGGAGGUGUCCCGUUCCCUGGGAGAUGGGCAGUACAAGCGCUGUGGGGUGAUAUCUACACCCGACCUUCGACGAUGUCAGCUCACACACAGUGACAGGUUUGUCAUUCUGGCCUGUGAUGGGCUGUUCAAAGUGUUCACGCCUGAGGAAGCUGUGAAAUUCGUUCUCUCUGUUCUGCAGGAUGGGACAGUGGAGUGGAAAGAGGGACAAACUGCAGAGGAAGGCCGCUUUGAGGUGGCCUGUCAGCGGCUGGCCAGCGAGGCUGUGCGACGUGGCUGCGCAGAUAACGUUACUGUCAUACUCGUGUCUGUCCAUUUCUAAAGAGCAAUAUGUCUGACCACUGCUUUACCUGUUAACUUGUCUGUAUACCCCUCUACCUCCUGUCUACAUGUUAAUGAGUCUACUUUUCUGUUUACCUGUUUCCAUUCUGCAUGGUGGACCCACCAGGGAACAAAAAUGAAAUGCCUGCUCUGCCUAGCCCAAUGAAAUGUUGUCAGUAUACAGUAUGUGUAGACAUGUUUUUGAAAGAGCGAUUUUGUUGUUUUCUAA